UUGACAAGAUGGCCGUGAAAGCUCUACUAAUCAACAUUCGAUUUGAACAGUUAUAAAACACCUAAAUCAAUUAUCAACAUGAAAAUCAUACAAAUUUGCUGAAUUAUUCUCAUUCAUGCAUUUAAUUAGUAGCUUCGACAGAUGGUGAUUCAUAUCGGACGACCCAAAUACGUUUCAAGGUCUUCCACACCUCAAUGGUAGAAAUUAAUUUAGCUUCUAUUUCAUUUUUCAUCUACUAUAAAAUGGCUUUCUCUGAAGUACGGUAUUCCUCAUCAAGAACCAUGUCUCCAAAAAAAUCCUCACCCGACUCCACUCUCUUGAAGUUGAAAAGAAUGUCGCAAAAAGUGUUUGAUUAUAACCUAUUUAGACGCACUGCCAAAUCUCCUAUCUUCUCCACCAUCUCAUUUGCUGCCAUAUUCUUUCUCCUCUAUUCAUCAGACACCAUAGUCUCGAUCUCUAACCUUCCCAUGCAUCCGGUUGACCUCAAAAGUCAUAAAAUUGUUGACCAUCGCCAGGAACCAACCUUGAAUACUACUACUAAUAUCCAAGAAGAGAUCAGCAUUGAUGAAGGUCCGGAUGAAGUUUACGACCCUCUAAUCCCUCCCGACAAUGUAACAAAAUUAAGAAGAAAGACUAGUGUGGUUCAGGCGGAAGCUUCCAGAGCUGGAGAUACUCCGGUCCAACAGCUUGACACAGCAAUUCCACAGUCGAGUUCUCCAGUUUCUCAACAACGGAUGCAGCAUUCAAUUCUACAUGAUAUGGUUUUCACCAGCCAAGUCAUUUGGAAAAAGAGAAUUCUUCGCCAUGGACAGCCUCUUCAAAGCUCAUCCUCAAGGAUGUUUGAUGCUAUUAUCGAAAAGCAUGGAUUCGGCACGCGGAUACCGAAUCCUGAAACCAUUACUUGAUGGAGGAUUCAAAAUACUCGCGGUGACUCCAGACUUGCCGUUUCUAGUCAAAAACACUCCAGGUGAAACGAAAUGAAGAGUGGGAGGAGAGACCCAGGUUACAUCCCAUUGUCCCAAAACCUAGCCAAUCUGAUCAGACUUGCCGUGCUUUACAAGUAUGGAGGUGUACAGACUUCAUAACUCUGAAGGAUUUCUCGGGGUUGAGCGAUGCAAUUGGAGCACAAAACAUAGAUUAGGAGUCCAAAAACUGGACCAUACUAAACAAUGCAGUCAUGAUCUUCGACAUAAACCUUCCGCUUCUACUAGACUUCUUGGGAGAAUUUGCUUCAACAUUUAAUGGAAACAAAUGGGGUCACA